UUUUUCCUCCUAAAAUCUAAAACCCUAAACCUCGGUUUUCUCUUUUCCCCUCGCUUCUCUGGUUCUCUCACCACCAUCUCCAAUGGCGAAUUCAUCAAACACAACCCAGAAAGAAGAAAUCGAAUUAGACGACGAAGAAAACCAGAGCUUCGAAGAUCUUAGCCUUGACCCUCGCCUUCUUCGAGCUCUUAUCAAAAAAGGCAUUAAAAAACCCACCCCUAUUCAGCGUGUCGCCAUCCCUUUAAUUCUCGAAGGGAAAGAUGUGGUUGCCAGAGCUAAAACUGGGUCAGGGAAGACAUUCGCUUAUCUUCUUCCAAUGCUUCAGAAAUUGUUAUUGGAUUCCGGUUCGAAUAAACGCCUUGCUCCCUCCUCGUUUAUUCUUGUUCCUACCCGCGAAUUAUGCCACCAGGUUUAUUCUGAAGUUACGUCUAUUAUAGAGUUGUGUAAAGCUCAAUUGAAAGCUGUUCAGCUCAUUAGAGGCAUGACUGCUGCUCAGAUGAAGCAGACGAUGUCCGGGCCUCCAGAUAUUCUAGUAUCAACACCUGCUUGUGUGCUUACUUGUUUGAAAGCUGGUAUUCUUCAGCCGAAAGCUAUUCAGGAUUCGCUUUCCAUGCUUGUUCUAGACGAGGCAGAUCUUUUGUUGAAUUAUGGCCAUGGAGAUGACCUAAGAUCUCUUACAGCCCAUGUCCCUAAACGCUGUCAAUGCCUCUUGAUGUCUGCUACACCAAGUGCUGAUGUUGAGAAGCUGAAGAAGCUUAUUCUGCACAAUCCCUAUAUUUUGACUUUGCCAGAGGUUGGUGGUAACAAGGAUGAGCUUAUUCCAAAUAAUGUGAACCAAUCUUGGGUUUCUUGCAAAAGCGAUCACGAUAAGUUCAUCUACAUUCUUGCUCUUUUAAAGUAUGAAUUCGUUGCCAAGAAAAUGCUCAUCUUCACUAAUACAAUCGACAUGGGAUUUCGGUUAAAACUUUUUCUAGAAAAGUUUGCAUUCAGAUCAGCUGUCUUAAAUGCUGAGUUGCCACAGAAUUCAAGGCUACAUAUGAUUGAGGAAUUCAAUGCGGGACUUUUUGAUUACUUAAUUGCAACCGAUAUCGGCCAAGCUGGAAAAGAUCAAGAGGAUAGUGUGAAAAAACCAGAGGGAAAAAACUCCAGAAAGCGCAAGAAGCCAAAAUUGGAUGCUGAAUUUGGUGUAGUGAGAGGCAUAGACUUCAAAAAUGUACUCACGGUUAUAAAUUUUGAGGUGCCUCAAACUGCUUCUGGAUAUGUGCAUCGAGUUGGACGGACUGGAAGAGCUUUUACUACUGGAGCAUCAGUUUCUCUUGUCUCUCCAGACGAGAUGGAAGCUUUUGAUGAGAUAAAGGCUACAUUAUCAGAUAAAGAAAGUGGUAAAGCAUACUUUAUUAAUUCAUUUAACAGCAAAGGACUAGACGAAGCAGUUAAAUCAUUGAGAUAUCGAGCUGAGGAUAUAUUAAGGAGUGUGACAAGUUUUUGUGUACGAGAAUCACGGGCACAGGAUUUAAGAAAUGAAAUACUGAACUCUGAAAAGUUGAAGUCCCAUUUCGAAGCUAACCCUAGAGACUUAGAUCUUUUGAAGCAUGACAAAGUUCUUAGUAAGAAAGAACCUCCGGCACAUCUACGCAAUAUCCCUGACUAUUUAGUGGAUCCAGCCACACAAGAAGCAAGCAACAUUGUGAAACUUACUCGAUUGGCAAUGGGUAAUAAUAGAAAGCCUAGUCAACGUCCUAGUCAGAAGAGAAAAUCAAAGAGAAAGCGGGACCCUCUGAAGACAUUGUCAGGCGAGGGAUCAAACCAACGAAACAAGAGAAAGAGGAGCAAUCAGAAAUGACUGAACUUGUAAUGCGAAGAAAAAGGUUCCAGGGCUUCAUAACAAACCGCUUUACGCGUUUGUGAUAUCGUUGGAAAUACAGGGUUUUCAACAUGGCGCGAAUUACUGAGAAGAUCCCCAUUGUUUCCCAGUUGGACCUUGCUGGGUUUUCCAAAUAGAGGACAAGAUGCCUGCACGUGUUCUCUGCGCCUUUUCAGAUUCUUUUGGACAGUUGCAGGGGAAAAUUGCAACUAUGAUAUAUGCAAUUUGAAGAACAUGACCAACUAAUCCAGAUGUAGGUAAUAUUUAUUCCCAAUUCGUAUUAGUACUUCUUAUGAUAAAGUCGAACCCAAAUGUGUAAUGGAUUUUUGAAUUCACCAAGUUAUAUACAAGGAAUUUUUGCUUCUGUA